UUUCUUUUUCCUUCUUUUGCUGUGAAACGUGUCGAUUCUGUGUGUGCUGUUGUUCCUGGUUAUUGUUAACUGCAUGAGACUAUGAUUGACCAUCAUGCUUUGUUCUUUUAUUAGUUUCUGCAGCAGUGGAGGGUGUCAAUUUAACAUGUUUUAUGAUCUGGGACAUGUGUUUCGUCUUCUGUGAUAUUCUUUUUCUGCUAGUGUGCACUUGUUUGGAGCCUUUUUCAUUUCUCGGUCUCGAUCUCUAAAAACUUAGAGCUAUUGGGCUCUCUGGAACCAUGGCUCUCUCAGAUGGUCAGAAGAAUAGAGGAGAGUUGAGGAUUCAUGAGAGUUUGGAUGAGCUAAUGACUGAUUUGGCAGACUAUGUUGCUGAGUUAUCAGAGGCAUCAGUUAAAGAGCGAGGAGUCUUUGCCAUUGCUUUAUCUGGUGGUUCUCUCAUUGGCUUAAUGGGAAAACUCUGCGAAGCUCCUUAUAACAAGACUGUGGACUGGUCCAAGUGGUAUAUUUUCUGGGCUGAUGAGCGUGUUGUGGCAAAAAACCAUGCUGAUAGCAAUUAUAAACUUGCUAAAGAUGGCCUUUUGUCCAAGGUUCCUAUUGUCCCCAGUCAUGUGCAUUCUAUUAACGAUUCUGUGUCAGCAGAAGAAGCUGCUGAAGAUUAUGAGUUUGUGAUCCGACAGUUGGUGAAAACCCGUGUUGUGAGUGUCUCAGAGAUCAGUGACUGUCCAAAGUUUGAUCUCAUUCUGCUGGGAUUGGGUCCAGACGGCCACAUUGCCUCAUUGUUUCCCAACCACUCAGCACUGAAUGAAAGGGAAGAAUGGGUAACUUUCAUUACUGACUCCCCCAAACCCCCACCUGAGAGAAUCACAUUCACCAUGCCUGUCAUCAAUUCUGCAUCAAAUGUUGCAGUAGUUGUCACUGGUGACAGCAAAGCAGAAUCUGUACACUUGGCAAUAGAUGAUGUUGGACCUGACUCCCCAUUAAUACCUGCCAGAAUGGUCCAACCAGCUAUGGGGAAGUUGGUGUGGUUUUUGGAUAAACUUGCUGCCUCAAAACUUGAAGAUUCCAAUUUGAACAAGUAGGAGUUGUUGUAAGUUUGUAUGUAGUGUUAAGGGAUUUGGCAAUUGUUGAUCAUCCUCAGAAGAUCCUGUCUCUCUGCCUUUCUCUUGGAUAGAAAGUCUUUGCUUUUUUUAUUCCUUUUCUUGCUUUCUCUUGGGAGGUUUUUGAGGGAAGUGUGGUAUAGUUUUUGUAAGCGGCCAAUAAAAGUUGUGGAGAGCAUCAUUUCAUGUUCCAACACCCUUCUUUCCUUCUGAUUCCUCAUUUGGGUUAUUGGCUAUUAUGAUGGCCACUUGUUUGCAAUUUAGAAAGAAAAAUCAGGUUCAUGUAAUUCUAAGAGUUCACUUUCCCACACCCUCCCAGUUUCUUACUUACCUAUUUCAAUUCAAUUUCAAUAUAUAUAAUAGUUUCUACUUACUCUGAA